AUGGCUUCCUUCCAGCCACCUCGAGCCAGACCCUCAUCUCCUGUGCUUCCUACUGUCAUCUCGACUUGGCAUAAUGGCCAGUUAACUGAGACGGCUCUACAAGCCUCGGCAGUUCCUACCGAGGACACUUACUUUCAACAGCCAGAGCCUACUGUACCCAUUCCCAUACCCACGCCCAUUCCCCCGUUUCGUCGACGCGAGUCCGAUCUUACCGAGGCCCCGAUGAUACCACUUUUGCUUUUCGAUGAUGGUGAUACCCUCGUCUACAUUGACCCGCCACCAGAGAAUACCUGCCGUAAACCGUCAUGCUCAUCGACAACCACUCAUCGCGUCCACAGUGAGAAAUUGCUGUCAACUGGCUCUGCUUAUCUGACGAGACUCUUUCAUCCUCGAUGGCAGAAACGAGUCGCCAAACAACGAGGCUUCCACCAGGGCUCGCUUCCCCAGGGCAUUAAAUAUCUCUUAGAUCUGACCCCUCCAAUCCUAGAAGAAGAUGCCGUCAUCCUAUUGACAGAGGUAUCCUGCCCGUCGGGUAUUCGAACAUGGGCUUCGCAGACGCUCCUGUGGCAAUUGCCGGCUUCGUGUGUUGGAGGCAAGGACAUUUGUGAGCCUGAAGAUAUCGAGGCACCUCCGAAGGAUCUUGGCUUUGUUGAUCUCCAAGCUGAGGGGUUAGUCAAUGCUCCAAACAUUGUAAAACCAACCAGUCUACCGGUGGAGUACUCUCCUGUGCGUCACCGGGAAGGAAUUGAGCACAUCCUGCAUGUUGUGGAAGGUCUCGGUAUCUCCCUGGAUACUCCAUCCAAGCUGUGGACAUUCUUUGCGAUAGCCAAAGUCUUCGAUCUGGCGACUGUGCCGGCUGUAAGCGGAUAUAUUCUGUCCUGGUUCUACCAGACAACCAACACCAAGUUCAUUGAGAUUCAUCCGGAGAUUGCAUACCGAGUGGCUUGUGGAAUAAAGGCCCCCGAACUUUGCCGUCACGCAUUUCUCGCUCUCGUCGGAGAUGAAGCUUUGCUGUACACAAUUCGAACUGCCGGUCUCCGCCCCACGCAUAAUUACAUUGAGAAUUUCGCCCACAGUCGGAUGAAUGGCUUCCUGGACGAUAUGGAGGUGCAACGCAUAGAAUAUGCCAGCAAGAGCUUUGCCGAUGAUCUCAUUGACCAGUUCCUGCACCUUGCUGGGGCUGAGAUGACCUGGCUUGACGACAAUCCUGAGUAUCAAAAGCUCAUUGAGCACCGAGAGCAAUGCCCGCGAAACCGGGCUGCAGUCAAUUAUCUGACAAGCCUUCUGAAGGAGUUUGUGAGGUACAGACUCUACAGUCUUUUGAAAAGCAGUCGGGACCCAAUUCGAUCCAGUGAUUUAGUCCCUGCGACCAUGAGCCCUCGGAUGAGCUUCACCUUCCAUAGAGAGCAUGUUCUACAACGCCUCAUUGGCAGGACCUUCUGGUACGGUCUCUUGAAAUUUAGUCUCCUUUCUGACGCCGAUUUCCAGCCGGAGCACAUGUACCACCAGACUAUCUCAGAUAUUGGCGAAGGGCUUCUUGCUUUUAAAGGCCACGAGAGGGCUAGAAUCGGAUAUUUCCAUCGCACAUUUCUUGAAAGUGAGGCCAACAACAUGAACCGGAAAAUUGAGGCAGAGGCAAAAGGAUCGUUAGCCGCGUUCCAGAGCGAUCAAGUAACCUUGCCGAUGCGACCACUACUGCCAAACUUUGCGGGGCCCAUUGCCUCAUCCUCGGCCUUCGUCCCGUCCGCAGAACUGAAUCCGCACAGCAAACCAUUCGUCUUUCGUCCACGCGAGGCUCAAAACUGGAAUAGUGAGCAGUCUCAGCUCGGAGUCGGUGAUGGCCUCGAGCCCGAGCCCGACCACCGCUCUAGAGAUAUGUUCGGACCUCCUUCGUUGGGAGAAACCGGCCUUCCGAGACAAGGAAAUCAAAACAAUCAGGCUUUCCCAGAGUAUUCGGAUUUCCCUGAAAACGUGGCACCGAUUCAGCCCCACCAUUUACUUGCCCAAGGCAAUCUUCUCGGAUCACCCGCCAAUCCCUUUGACCUGACUCUAUUCCUUGUCUCGGCCAAUACCUACAUCCGCCAAAUCGCGCGGGAACUACUUUUCCCCACCGAAAGGACCUCGAUUCCAAUCGAGUCUAUCGAUACACUUAGCUGCCUUUCAGAAAAACAGUUAAACCUGUUGCCCCUCUGGGCAGGAGGCAAUGAUGAUGGCAGCGGCGGUGUUUUCCAAGAUCAAGAUAUUCCGAUCAUGGAAACCGGCGGGUUCUCCACUCCCGGACCUGCAGUACACACUGGCAGCAAUGCAACAACGGAGGAUUCAUUCAGUGAUAUUGGCCCGUCAGAUUCGCAAAGCACAAUCGACGGCGCAUCCAACCGUGCCACACUCUCACACCAGACCGAAGUCCAGUCUCUGGACAGCUCGUUUGAUGAGGGCUCCAUUAUGCAAACGGAUCUUGCACAGCCUGAAGGACCUGAAGGUUUCGAGGAAGUCUCGGAAAUUGACUACCUGGUCGAAUCCAGCCACGGAGAAUUCAACUUCGAGAUGGACUGUGCAGACAGCGAUAGCAACAGUACUCUGAUGGGCCAUCAAUCCGACAUCAAUGAUAAUGAUGAUGAGGAUAUGGAACACCCUGAAAACACCAGCAAUGAUGACAACGAUCACGACGAUCACGUUAACCAUGACCAUGACAAAAUUAUGAAUGAUGCAGCUUCUCAUGGAUUUGAGAUAAUUGAUGGGCGCCUCUAG